UAUAUCCCACAAUUCUUCCGCCGGAGAGCCCCUGGAAGACUUCGCCUGCAAUGGCAGGACGUGAGAGAGUCGUGCAGUUGCUCAGGCAAUUGGAAAGGGCUGCGUGCAGAUGUCCUGCACAUUCUCACAGCUAUUAUCAAGCUUCAGGGCAUACAUCAAGUGGAAAAACAACAGACUAUGCAUUUGAGAUGGCCUGCUCAAACAUCAGAUAUGGAGAAGGGGUUACCAGAGAAAUUGGAAUGGACCUCCUGAACCUGGGAUCUAGGAAUGUGUGCUUGAUGACGGAUAAGAACCUGUCUCAGCUGCCCCCUCUCACAGCUGUCCUGGACUCUCUGGUGAAACAUGGGGUUCGUUUCAAGUGUUAUGACAAGGUGCGGGUGGAGCCCACAGAUGCCAGCUUUAAGGAGGCUAUCGAUUUUGCACGGAAAGGGGAGUUUGAUGCCUAUGUAGCUGUAGGAGGGGGGUCUGUGAUUGACACCUGCAAAGUAGCCAAUUUGUAUGACUGCCACCCAGAGGCCGAUUUCCUUGAUUUUGUCAACGCUCCCAUUGGGAAGGGAAAGGCAGUCACAGCUGUGCUCAAGCCACUGAUCGCAGUGCCAACAACAGCUGGGACGGGGAGUGAAACAACUGGAGUGGCAAUAUUUGACUUUGAGAGUUUGAAAGCAAAAACUGGUAUUGCUAGCAGAGCUAUCAAACCGACACUUGGGAUGGUGGAUCCUUUGCACACUCUUCACAUGCCCCAGAGAGUCGCUGCUAACAGUGGCUUUGACGUGCUGUGCCAUGCCCUGGAAUCGUAUACAGCCCUGCCGUACAGCCUGCGUAGCCCCUGUCCCACCAACCCUAUCCACAGGCCUGCUUACCAGGGCAGCAACCCCAUCAGUGACGUCUGGUCCAGACACGCCCUCCGCAUUGUGGCGAAGUACCUGAAGCGGGCAGUGAGGGAUCCGGGGGACCUGGAGGCCCGGUCCAGCAUGCACCUGGCCAGCGUGUUUGCAGGAAUAGGGUUUGGAAACGCCGGGGUUCACCUCUGCCACGGAAUGUCUUAUCCUAUUGCCGGACACGUGAAGACUUUCAGAGCAGAAGGCUAUAACGUGGACCAUCCCUUAGUCCCUCAUGGUCUGUCAGUGGUGCUCACUUCGCCUGCAGUUUUCACCUUCACAGCCUGCAUGUGUCCCGAACGUCACCUGGAAGCAGCAGAAAUACUAGGAGCUGAUGUCCGGAAUGCCAAGCAGGGAGAUGCUGGGCUGAUUUUGUCAGACGUCCUGAGGAAGUUUUUGUUUGAUCUGAAUGUUGAUGAUGGCUUAAGCGCCGUUGGUUACACUACAGAUGAUAUUCCUGCCUUGGUUAAAGGAACUAUUCCCCAGGAGAGAGUGACCAAACUGUCUCCCAGAGCCCACACAGAGGAAGACCUGACAGACCUCUUCGAAGCCUCCCUGAAACUGUACUGAAACAGAGACACUUCUGCCCUCUGUCAGCAACUACACAUCUGCAUUGCUAAGGAUUCAUCAUUGUCUGGACCAAGAGUGAAAACCAGUAGCAAUUACAGUAUUGGAUAAUGGCACACAGCUCUCAACACUACAUUCUAGAGAAAAGCAGAAUGUUCAUUUUGUCCUAAUUACUUUAGAUUGUUAUAAUACAAUGAUUUCUUAGAACUUAGCUUAAAAUUUAAGAGAGGGCGCUCUGAGUCCUGGGUCAGACACAUUAUUGCACAACAUUACUUCUGAAUGAAAUAAGCUAUUCAAUUAUACUAGUAGUCAUAAUUAGGAUGGUCAGACUGGCGGUUUUUUCAUAAAGAACAAUCAUGUUACAUUUAUGUUAUAAUUAAACUGUAUCCCCCUACAGGCAGUAGGUGUGGUCUGGACCGGGCUGUCACAGAUUCCAAGAUUGGUUCUCUGAAUGUACUGCCAGCUUCCAGUAUCCCAGGCAUCUGCUUUUUGUGUCUCUCUCCCAUUCAUUACCCAGCCUUCCACUAGCUUACCGAAAAACCGUGAACAAAAUGAGUUCGUCACAAAUAAAUUUGAAAUGAUGCUUGAAUAUGUUUGGCUUUUAUUUUUUUUUUUAUUUUGUGUCAAAUAGGUGGUGCAGUAGUUAGCAUUGUUGCCUCACAGCAGACCCUGGGUUUAACUCCUGGGGUGCUGUCUGCAUGGAGUGUGCGCCUUUACCCAUGACUACAUGGGCUUACUCCAGGUACUCCGGUUUCCUUCCUGUGUCUCAAUUUGUGCUGUUCAGGUAUCAGUAUCUCCAAAUGCCUGUAGAGUGUUACUGUAGGAGCUGAUGUGAGUCUAUGUGAAUGCCCUGCGGCAGGCUGGCAUUCUGUCCAGGGUGUAACCCGCAUCUCAGGGUGACUGUGGGCCACCAUGACUGUGAUUUGGAUAAGCAGUUAUGUGAGAGUGAUGUGAUUGUUAUAUAUGGAGUUAACUGUUGCAAAUGAGUUGGCUGCAGGGUGUUUUUUUUUUGGUCAGUGCAAUGUGGUAGUGCAAAAUCAGGAUUAACUUAAUAUACAGGUAUACCUUUCUUUUGUGAGCAGAUUUGCUGUGAUCCAAGACGACAAAAUAACCUGGACCACCAGCAUUCAUACUGUGUCUCCAGAGCCGCGGAAGAGCUUUCAAGCAGACCUGAUUUAGUAGAGGAGAACUUUAAUCACUAAAUCACAGUUUCUUGUAGUUCCUAAAUCAAAACAAUUGCAUUAUCAUAACACCCAGAUUUUUACAUGGUGUAAUAAAUUAUAAUUAUUGUCAAUAAUAUUUAUCAACAAAAUGUUGCAAAUAAAAUUAUCCUUUCUAAUCA